AUGGCUUUUGUGCCCUCUUUAACAUCACAUGUAAGCAUGGAUGACUAUUUGCUUACUAGAAGACGGCAAAGGAGAAACAGAACAACAUUUAAUCCUCAGCAGCUAACGGAGUUGGAAGUUCUGUUUGAGAAAACGCACUAUCCCGACGUCUUCUUGAGAGAAGAAGUUGCCAAGAAAAUUAAUCUCUCCGAGGCUAGAGUUCAGGUUUGGUUCCAAAAUCGGCGAGCGAAGUGGCGCAAGCAGACGCGAGCUCAACUCCUCCAGGACGUGUGGCGGCGCUACAAGCUCGGCGCCGGCCCCAGCAGCGGAUGGAUGCGCUUGCCUCCUCCGCAUCCCGCCACGCCCCCAGAGGCGGGGCCGGCGGCUCCCCCGCCCCUCUACUCUGCGGUUCCUCACGUCCUCUACGGAGACAGACUCGCCGUCACCCAAGGGUUAUUUACUCCAAUGCCACUUCCAUGCCACAUGUCAAAACCAAAGAACGAAGGAUUCAACUACUACACGUGCGGUUUAGGCCUUUCAGCUGCCACUUAUCCUCAUACGUCUCUGUUUUCACCCGUAACGUCGUCAUCUUCUUUCGUGCCACCACACAAAAGCGUACCAGCUCACACUGCGCCAGCGGAAGAGGACAAAUCGAGAAAGUUGACCUUAUCCUUCGCGGAAUAA